CCUUUCACGUCUUCUGACGAACAAUGAAUUAUAUCGAAACCAAUUACGUGUGUGGAAUUUUCCUUACUAUUGUUCGUUGACAUCCAGCUCCAUGGUUCGCCAAGCCCCAUGAUAUCCAUCAUCCUACAUACCUACAUAUAAAUUCCCCCCACCACCACCCACCAACAUCAUCUCACCUCGACAUCCUCCUCAUAGCCCCAAAAGGUCGCAUUCGCCCGCCCACUCGGCCCAAUAGCGCUCAACACCCUCACCUCCGUCUUCGUCAUCAUGGCACGCAAAUACUACCACGACGACCCCAAAUGGUCAGACGUCGCGCCCCUCCCCCAGGAAGACUACGGCCACCACCCGCUCGCCGCGAUCGCCUACACAGAAGAGUACAGCGAAGCGAUGGGGUACCUGCGCGCGUGCAUGGCGGCCAACGAGCACAGCGAGCGCGUGCUCGAGCUCACGGAGCACAUCAUCGGGUUGAAUCCUGCGCAUUAUACUGUUUGGCUAUACCGCGCGCAAACGCUCUCCGCACUGAACAGCGAUCUCCGCGCCGAAAUAGCCUGGCUGAACCCCACGGCGCUGCAGCACCUGAAGAACUACCAGAUUUGGCACCACCGGCAGACUAUCAUCGACAAGCUCGGUUCGCCUGACGGGGAGCCUGCAUUUAUCACCGCGAUGCUGGACCAGGACUCGAAGAACUAUCAUGUCUGGAGCUAUCGGCAGUGGCUCGUGAAGCGGUUCGACAUGUUCGACGGCAGGGAAUUGAAGUGGACGGAGGGGAUGAUCGAUGACGAUGUGAGGAACAAUUCGGCGUGGAAUCAUAGGUGGUUUCUCGUCUUUGGGGGCACGGUGGGCGAGGGCGAGAAGGUGGAGAGGGAUGUUGUGGUUAGGGAGUUAGAAUACGCACAAGACGCGAUCCGCAAAGCACCCCAGAACCAAUCCCCCUGGAACUACCUCCGGGGCGUCAUACGCCGCAGCGGGCUCCCGCUCUCCGCGCUCCAGCACUUCGCGCUCGAGUUCGCAGACCCGGAGAACAGGCCCGACGACGACGUUUUCUCGAGCCACGCGCUCGACCUGCUCGCCGACAUCUACGCCGCUGCGGGGAAGACGGAGCUGGCGGUCAAGGCGCUCGAUCUCCUGGCGACGAGGUACGAUCCGAUAAGGAAGACGUACUGGGAGUAUAGGAAGGGGUUGUUGGAGGCGGAGGGGAGGAAGGAGGAGACGGGUGCUGCGAGUGCUGCUGCGGUGGAGACGGCGGCGGCGUAGAUGAAGAAAAGAAAAGCUACUACGAUUUAACUUGAUGUCUCGAUACUACGAAGAAGAAAAAGGCGGAGACGACCCACCAUUCUCUAAUGUUUUUGAUACCCGGCGGUCGUACCUAC